UCGUUAAUAGGCAAGUGGAGGAAUGGACUAUUAAAAGGAGAAUUCUUCUGGUCUGGAGCCACGUUAUAAUUCGAGCAAGUAGAAAUUAGAAUCGUAAGCUCAAUCUGAUGCCCGCGGCAAUUGCAAUUGCAGCAGCGCCAAAUUGUCGUUACUUCAAGAACCUGAAACUCAAUUCACGAUUGUCUUCCUCACUGUGCGCAUUUGCUCGAGAGAACAAAGAUAUGGUCACAGCAGCCAGCAGCAGUAGCGGAAAUGCGGGCGCAUACACAAUAAUCAAAGAAAUUGUGAGAUUCGAGAAAGAAAUCAAGAAGAGCAAGUUCAUUGCAAUCGCUGGUCCUGUCUCCAACGAGCAAUCUGCAUUUUCUUUUCUCUCUCAGGUGCGGGAUCCGCGAGCCACUCACAAUUGCUGGGCGUAUCAGGUUGGAGAUCAAUAUAGGUCAAAUGAUGAUGGCGAGCCAUCUGGUACAGCUGGAAAACCAAUUCACUCUGCCAUUGCUUCUUCAGGUAUUGACAGAGUCAUGGUGGUUGUGAUCAGGUAUUUUGGAGGUAUCAAACUCGGCACUGGGGGAUUAGUUAGGGCUUAUGGAGGAGUAGCUUCCGAAUGCUUGAAAAGUGCCCAAACAUGUGUUGUGAAAUCUAAGGUUCCAAUGGGUGUGGAGGUACCAUUCGAUCUUUUAGGGGUCCUGUACCACCAGUUGCAAUCUUUCCAAGUUGAGGACAUUAAGCAGGAUUAUGACAGUGGUAAAGAUGGAAUUACCAUGGUGACAUUCAAGGUUGAUUUCGACCGUGUUGAGAAGUUGGAGGAUGCUAUCAAAUCUAAUUGUAGCCGUGAAUUAAUCUUUUAUAAGCGAUAAAUUAUACAGCUAAUCUUUGUACAUGAAUACACAAAGAAGGAAGAUAAAUCGGUAUGAAGACGAAAUCAAGUAAGAACACAAUUAAUGGUGGGUAGACGUAUGAGGUAGGUGACUGAUGACUUUCUACAAUUAUUCACGUUGCAGAAUAACCUAGAUAACCUUUGUAAAAUACAUUCCCCAUUCAAAUGAAUAUUUAGUUAUUUACUGCC